UUGGACGUUGAGAACUUGUGGACCUUCAAAUUUCGUGGCCUCGUAUUGAAUUCCAGCCUUUCCAAGGUCAUGGAAAUAAUUUAGGACACUUCUUUUCCUCAACUUUCUAUACACUACCUUGGAUCCAUUAUACUCCUUGUGUCGCGAUCAACAUGACUAGCAAAGCUAAAGCUCUUGAAGCGUACCGUGAAGAUGCAAAAGGCGGUCAUACCUUAUUAACAGCAGAGGAACGACGGAAGCUUAUCGAAGUAAGUUCUAAUUUCACCCUGUCAUUGUGUACCUGCAGCUAGCUACACAUCUAAUUCAUUCGUCCACUUAUUGAUGCUGUACCAACGUGUAGCCAUUACUCCCUUCCGAUCUACCAUCGCGAUCGUCAUCAAUCAAAAGCCAAUCCAGGUCGAAGUCGAAGUCGAAGUCCAAAUCAUCAGCUCCAAAAUCUCGCUCUCACCUUGGCAUUCGCAACUUCUUUCGCCUUCAAUUGCACGCCUUAGUUUAUGCUGUUGUACAUGCAAUAUUUUCAUUGUACAUUAGAUUGAGACAAGCAUAUCAUGCGGUAAAGGACCGCAUAUUUGCGAUUUUAUUUUAUCAUCAUCGGACGCCAGGAUUGAUACAGAAAGAUGUGAAGGGGCUAGAGAGGUUACCCGAACACGUUAGUGUGAUAUUGAAUCUGGAGGAUGGGGCAAGAGGAGGAGCGGGGCUGGAGGCUUUGGUUGAUGAGGUAGCUGAGAUUACGGCAUGGUGUGCAUGUGUAGGAAUUCCCAUGUUGUCGGUGUAUGAAAAGACUGGUAUGUGAUUACACAAUGGUAACAUAGAUGUGAAGGAGCCGUUCUAAUAAUGGAAUAUAGGAAUACUCAAGGGGUAUAUACCGGCGACGCAUCGGGCCGUAGUGAGAAAGCUAGCCUCAUAUUUUGGACCGGAUCAUCCGGCAUUAUCUAUGAGAGCUCCCCAUGUCCCGUCCAUGGAAUCCUCAUCAACUACUUCGACCACUGAUACACUUCCUGGAUCUCUACAGCAUAUUUCUGUCCUGCUUCUUUCGGCCGAGGAUGGCCGAGAUUCACUCGUUGACCUAACCAAAACACUAACAGAGAUGUCCCAGCGAGGGAAAAUUGAGCCCAAUGAUGUCAGCCAAGAGCUCAUUGAUGCUGAAAUCACAGAGAGCAUCAUGGGGGAGCCGAAUCUUUUGAUAUUAUUUGGUCCAACUGUUGAACUAUCCGGAUACCCACCAUGGCAAUUACGCCUCACAGAAAUUUUUCACGUGCAAGAUAAUCACGGAGUUGGAUAUCAGGUUUUCUUGCAAGCGUUAUACAACUACGGCAACGCGCAGAUGAGGUUCGGAAGAUAGAUUAGUUGCCAUAAUAAUAAGAGCGUGUACAAAUUCGAAUGGUGGGUGAAGAGCAAUCCAAUUAUGAUUCUUUCCAUAUUCUCAUUUCCCUCAG